CCAGACCGCAGGUUGGCAGCAGCGAUAUUCCAUUGGCUGUUCCGGAGUCAGAUCUUUAUUUAAGUCUCCGUCAGCCGGUGGAGCUGCAGUCACACCGAAGCCCCCCUGGACCCGUCACACGUCACACACACACACCGAUACCUUGAGGUCGAGCUCUUCACAAGGAGAGCCGUUUUUUCAGAGAGCAGUUCAUCGACGUCCCGGUGGGGAGAUCGAACAGGAGUCACGGUUCGCGGCGCGCGGCCCGAUGUCGCCCUGCGCGAGACAGAGAAACCACGGCAUUGUGUGGAGGAUCAACCGGAACCCCGCUGCGCAUAAGGAGAAGAACCCCGCCGCUUUUGGAACGUGGACUUAAACUGACGCGCGUGAAGGCUGUUAAAAAGAUUGGCGCGCGGAAGAAGAGUGGACCCCCCCCCCCCCCCUCACUUUCACCUCUGACCGGAUAUCAUUACUCCACCUGAGAUGGAGGUCUCGAGCGAGCAGCAGCGGUGGCUGCACCACCACGCCGUCCUGAACGGACAGCACUCGGACCACCACCACCCGGGCCUCGCGCACGGCGGCUACCUGGAGCCCGCAGCGCCGCUGCUGCCGCCCGACGAGGUGGACGUGUUCUUCAACCACCUGGACGCCGGCGGGAACCCCUACUACCACCCCGCGGCUCGGGCCCGGGCCUCCUACGGCCAGGCGCACGCCCGCCUGGCCGGGCCGCAGGUCCACCGGCCGCACCUCAUCCACAGCCCCACCGGGAUGUCUUGGCUGGACGGCGGCAAGGCGGCGGCGCUGUCCGCCCACCACCACCCCGCCUGGGCGGCUCUGCACCCCCCAGGGCCAGGGUCACCGGGGGGCCUCUCCGCCGUCUACCCCUGCAGCAACCCCACCCCCGUCCCGGCCUCCGCCAUGACCCCCACCCCCCACUCCGGCUCCCACCUAUACGCCUUCCCCCCCACCCCCCCGAAGGACGUGUCCCCGGACCCGGGCUCCGCGUCCCCGGACCAGAAGGACUCCAUCAAGUACCACGUGUCGGACGUGCUGAAGAUGGAGGGUUCGAGCCCCCUUCGGAGCGGCCACCAGUCCCUCCACCCCCUACCGUCCUACCCCUCCUACGGCCUCCCGUCGGAGUACGGCGGGGGUCUGUUCCACCCGGGGGGUCUGCUGGGGGGGUCCCAGUCCGGGUACAACCCCAAGUGCAAAACUAAACCCCGCUCCUGCUCCGAGGGCCGUGAGUGUGUGAACUGCGGGGCCACGUCUACCCCGCUGUGGCGCCGCGACGGGACGGGGCACUACCUGUGCAACGCGUGCGGCCUGUACCACAAGAUGAACGGGCAGAACCGGCCGCUCAUCAAGCCCAAGAGACGCCUGUCUGCCGCCCGGCGAGCUGGCACCUGCUGCGCCAACUGCCAGACGACGACCACCACGCUGUGGCGGCGUAACGCCAACGGGGACCCCGUGUGCAACGCCUGCGGCCUGUACUACAAGCUGCACAACGUGAACCGGCCCCUCACCAUGAAGAAGGAGGGGAUUCAGACCCGCAACCGGAAGAUGUCCAACAAGUCCAAGAAGAGCAAGCGCUGCAGCGAGAGCUACGAGGAGUACAAGAGCCCCCCCUUCGGCGGGCACAUGUCCCUGGGACACCUCCCCCCCUUCAGCCACUCCGGACACAUGCUGCCCACCCCCACCCCCAUACACCCCUCCUACGGCCACCCGCACCACCCGCACCACGGCAACAUGGUGGCGGCCAUGUGCUGAGCCUCACCCCGAUGCAUCAUGGGUAACUGGCGACGGAGGUGACGGACUCAGAAGGCUGACGGACCUUCAGUACCUCCAAGGCCAGAGGGGAUCUCUGGGGAUCACUGUGUACCAUGUCCACCGAACUCUGGGCGGAGCUGGGUGGAGCUAGGUGGAGCUAGGUGGAGCUGGGUGGAGCUGGGCGGAGCUGGGCGGAGCUAGGUGGAGCUAGGUGGAGCUGGGUGGAGCUAGGUGGAGCUGGGUGGAGCUAGGUGGAGCUUGGUGGAGCUAGGUGGAGCUAGGUGGAGCUGGGUGGAGCUGGGUGGAGCUAGGUGGAGCUAGGUGGAUCUAGCAUCAAAGGGAGAGGCAGUAAGCUUUGGUCCAACCUGACGUUGUGGUACCAGGGGAGUCGUGGUACCCUUUGCUUCCCAGAGCGGCUUAGUGUACCUUAAGGUUGUAGGGACCCUACACCCUCAAGGUACAGAGGCUCUCUGCAGGUACAUUUGUAGUUACUGUGAAUAUUGUACAUUCUUUAGAUGAACUAGAAGGGGUGGAGGACACACCUGAAUGGGGCUCCUCCGAACCCUUUCAACACCUGUGCUGGAUUUCUGCUCAUGGACUAUUUUAAAGGAAUUUGGAGAAAACACAAACAAGAAAGAAGCAAGCUUCCCUUUUCUAAGUCUUGAUCCGAGGCUGUUUAUUGUAAUUAUUGUUCUUAUUAUAGUUUUUGUUCUUAUUGUUAUUCAGAUAAUUUAUUUUCACUCACCCCUUUCUUCUACGACCGCCCCUUAAACAAAGACCCCAGGUGUGAAGAUAUAUAUUUAUAAGCUGAAGCUACGACGACCAUCAUUUAUACUCACACAACAGAUCACCUUGUCUCUCCUCCCUCCAUGUGUACGAGGUGUGAGAGAGAGAGAGAUAGAGAGAGAGAGAGAGAGAGAGAGAGAGAGAGAGGCCCCACCCCGGCCCCUGGACCCCCUGCAGGGUGGGCGAGGGGUCAGGGGGUCACAGAGGGUAACGCCCCCCAACGUCACCCUGUCCCACGCCAAACCAACAGGAAGUGCCAUAUUGAAUCGGGGACUCUGUUUCCCGUCUCCAGACGAUAACUCGGGCCCAAAACUGUUUUUACUUGUAUUCAUAACGGUGCAAUGGAAAGGCCAAUUGAAAGGUGUACUCAUAUUUAUUAUAUAAGGCUCAUUGUAUGUUUUUUAUCAUGUUGUCUGCGAGCUGUCUGGGUUAUGGAUUAUGGAUUAUGGGUUAUUGGUGACUUUAAUCUGAGUUUAGGGGCGGUGCUCAUCACCCAAUGCACCAUCAAGCCAAACACUCUCUCUCGGUGCCUCUACGAUCUAUCUAUAUAUAUAUAGACCUAUAUAUAUAUAUAUAUAGCGUCCGGAUGCUUGCUUUGUAACGUGUUGAGUGGAGAGACAGGUGCUGCUACAUAAUGCAUCAUGUUGAUAAUAAAGAAUCAAUUUAAAUCAAA